AUGUCCCGGCCUCGCCAACCAAGCCUCGCCAUGGCCCGCUCCAGCCUGCUCGCAGUCGGCCUGCUCGCAGUCGCGUGCGUCGCCCUCCUGCAGAGCCUCGCGUUCGCGGGCGCGGGCGCCCCGCAACUGCGCGCGCAGCGGCCGCUGUCGCCGGUGCUGCUCCGCGCGACGGCCACGCCUGAGACCAUGGAGAAGAUCGCGGACGUGGUCGCCGAGCAGCUCGGAGUGGACAAGGCGAAGGUGGUGGGCUCCGCGACUUUGUCGGAGUUGGGCGCGGACUCCCUGGACAUCGUCGAGACGGUUAUGGCCCUGGAGGAGAGCUUCGACAUCGAGCUCCCGGACGAAGAGACGACUCAGCUGAAGAACCUGCAGGACGUGGGCGACCUCAUCCAGAGCAAGCUCUGA